AUGUCCAAUACAGCCUGAGGUCAGUAUGAAAAUACACAACCUGAUGUUAAAGUUCAGAUCUCUCUACAAAGCUGUCCACAUGACUGAGAGCUUGGACGUGUAGCUUAAACGUGUUUUAGUUGUAGUGUGUUGUACUUGUAUUGCAGCGUGUUUGUCAUCAGUGAGUGUAUGAUUACUGAGUUAUAAAAGGAACGAAGCUGCAGAAGAAGAAGCGAGAACUGAAGGAGAAAUGUUUUUACUGCAAUAAUCCAAGGUAAGCCUGAGUGAUUUAUAUUGCAAACACAUUGGACGGGGGUGGCUUUAGGUUUUUGUCAUGUCUGGCUAAGUUUAAUACAUACUGACUUGUACAGAAUGUACUCAAAGAUGGUGCUCAUUGUAUUUGUAUGUCUGUACAGUAUGUCUCUUAGGGAUCCCCCGUAUGAACCUCCCUCUGUCUCUGAACUACAGGAGUUCUUACUGGCAGACAGACGCCCAACUGGUCAUGUCAAUCAAGUCUGGCCUAAUGUUUAUAUAGGCAACGAGGUGGCAGCACGUGACAAAGGAGCUCUUCACGGUCUGGGUAUUACCCACAUCGUAAAUGCUGCUCAUGGGCCUCCAACCCCAGGCAAUGGUCCCUGCUUUUAUGUUAACACUGGCCCACGUUUCUACAGAGACAUGAAUGUGGAUUAUUAUGGGGUGGAGGCUGAUGACGCAACAAACUUCAUCCUCAGUCCUUACUUCUAUCCAACAGCACGAUACAUCAGAGCUGCACUGGCAAUGGGAGGAAGGGUGUUUGUACACUGUCUGAUGGGAGUGAGCCGUUCUGCAACCCUAGUGUUGGCCUUCCUGAUGAUCACUGAGGGCCUGCGGCUGCAGGAGGCUGUGGCCGCCGUAAGGCCACACAGAGACAUCUGUCCCAACCCAGGCUUCUUGCUGCAGCUGCGUUGCCUUGAUAUGAGCCUAGAGAGGGAGAGGAGAAGAAAAAGACAGGCCCAGGCAUUAGGUCAUUUAGCAAAGCAGGGAGAAACACCAUCCCUGACAGAGCUGAGGGAAAUUCUCUGGACCAACAGGAAGCCAGUGAGCUCUGUCAAUGAAGUGUGGCCAAAACUCUACAUUGGAGAUGAGUCUGUUGCUCGAGAUAAAACCAGACUGUCAUCUCUGGGUGUUACUCAUGUGCUGAACGCGGCAGCAGGUCAACAUCGGAUCAACACCGGUCAGAAGUUUUACACUGAUAUUGAAGUCGUGUACCAUGGCGUUGAGGCUGCAGACCAUCCAGAGUUCAAUCUCCAGCCAUUUUUCAACUCUGCUGCACAGUUCAUAGACCGCGCCUUGAAGGAAAAUGGGAAAGUUCUUGUUCACUGUGCCAUGGGUGUGAGCCGCUCUGGCGCGUUGGUUUUGGCCUAUCUGAUGAUCCACCAGAGCCUGACGUUAGUGGAGGCCAUCAUGGCUGUCCGUCUGUGCCGAGACAUCGGACCCAACUCAGGAUUUCUGGAACAACUCAGAAAGCUGGAGUUGAGCCUUCGUACACAGAGCAAACAGAUCGCUGAGGACAGUAACGAAGGAAAACCUGUUUCUCUGUAAUAAGGUGUUACUGGAAUGUCUCCCCUUUGACAAAUUGGUUUUAUGGGAUGUCCCAGUUCUAAACCAGUUUACAAAGAUGUACCUACUGAACGCUUAAUGUUUUUCUCCACAAACAAUUGUCAACAAAUGUUUAUUGAUCCACAUCUGGUCAUACAUUCUUGACUUCAACAUUGUUUUAAUAAUUGUGUUGCUUCACCCUGUUGAUUCAGUUACGGUGUUAUAAUAAAAGACUUGAACAGUGAAAAAG